AUGGGGGACCUAUUUCUACUCUGGGUGGCUGUGGGCGUAUGCAGUGCCACCUCGAGUGCCUCUGCCUGGUCAGUGAACAACUUCCUGAUAACAGGCCCCAAGGCCUACCUGACCUAUGCUACCAGUGUGACCCUGGGUGCCCAAAGUGGCAUUGAGGAAUGUAAAUUUCAGUUUGCUUGGGAACGCUGGAACUGCCCUGAAAAUGCCCUCCAGCUCUCCACCCACAACAGGCUGAGAGGUGCCACCAGAGAGACUUCCUUCAUUCAUGCCAUCAGCUCUGCUGGGGUCAUGCACACUAUCACCAAGAACUGUAGCAUGGGUGACUUUGAAAACUGUGGCUGUGAUGACUCAAAAAACGGGAAAACAGGAGGCCAUGGCUGGAUCUGGGGAGGCUGCAGCGACAAUGUGGAAUUUGGGGAAAGGAUCUCUAAACUCUUUGUGGACAGUUUGGAGAAGGGGAAGGAUGCCAGAGCCCUGAUGAAUCUGCACAACAACAGGGCUGGCAGGCUGGCAGUGAAGGCUACCAUGAAAAGAACCUGCAAAUGUCACGGCAUCUCGGGGAGCUGCAGCAUCCAGACAUGCUGGCUGCAGCUGGCUGGCUUCCGGGAGAUGGGCGACUACCUGAAGGCCAAGUAUGACCGGGCACUGAAGAUUGAGAUGGACAAGCGGCGGCUAAGAGCUGGGAACAGCGCCGAGGGCCACUGGGCCCCCACAGAGGCCUUUCUUCCUAGAGCAGAGACUGAGUUGGUCUUCUUAGAGGAGUCACCAGAUUACUGCACCCGCAACUUCAGCCUGGGCAUCCAGGGCACAGAGGGUCGUGAGUGCCUGCAGCACAACCACAACACAUCCCGAAGGGAGCGGCGAAGCUGUGGGCGCCUGUGUUCCGACUGUGGGCUACAGGUGGAAGAGAGGAGAACUGAGGUCACGAGCAGCUGUAACUGCAAAUUCCAGUGGUGUUGCACAGUCAAGUGUGACCAGUGUAGGCACGUAGUGAACAGAUACUACUGUACUCGCUCCCUGGGCACUGCCAAGUCCCGGGCGAGGGGCAGUGCGUGGUGACACCCCCCCCCCCCAGAGACUCACUUGCUCACUGCAUGACUGGGGAGUGGCACACACAGCUUCUGUCUCUGAGAGGCAGAUUGGGAAUCAAUGGAAAAAUCAUCAGGUUGUUCUGU